AUGUCAGAUUCAAUUAACUCAACUGGUAGCGGUGUGAUUCAUGGCCACAUCCAUAAUUACGAUAACUUAACAUAUAUUCAUGGACAUGUCCAUCAUAAAACAUAUAUAAAUAAUAACACAUCUGAUCACAAUCUUCAACAUGAACAACAAAAUAAGCACAUCAAUAGCAGCAACAGUAAUGAUGAUAGCAGUGCAUUAUUGACACAUGAUACAGGCCAGAAUAAUCUUCAAUUGCAUGAACACUGUAAACCUUUUGAAUUUUUUGACUUUCAUAAUAAUAACAAUCGUAGUAGUAAUAGCAGUAACUCUUAUAAUAUUUAUGAUAAUCAUGAUAAUAUAAGUGAUUAUGGAAAUAAUACUCCAUUCAAUUCAGUUUCGUUAGAUUUACCGUUCACUUACCAUCAAACUAAUGAUAAUAUUCGUAUUAAGAGAAAAUUUGAAGAAUUAGAUGAUAACAUUUUAUCGAAUACGGCUAUUAAAAAACAUCAAAAUAAAAAUACUAAUAAGAGUAAUAAUGUCUGCAAUAACAACAACAACAACAACAACCACAGUAAUAAUACUGUAAAUGAUACUGAAUACGAUUGUAAUCCUAAAAUAUUCGAAAUUUGUUGUGAUAUUGAUCAUCAUAAUAGUUCACCAUCUGGUACUAUUAAAAACAAUGAAGAUAAUAAAAAUAUUCUUUAUGAUACUAAUGGGACCUCUUUUAAUAAAGAUACCAUAAUGAUACACACUUUAAAAAAUGGUUCCUCAUCUACCAAUUCACAUCUCAUUAAUAACAAUAAUACUAGUCACAAUACUGUAAAUAUUUUUGAUUUACAAAAUAAGAUUAAAUAUUUAUCCGAUCUAAAUUGUACAUUCGAUUGUGUUUUUGACUGUGCUAAUAUGAAUAAAGUAACGAAUCACAAUCAUGAUAACGUUGACACUAAUAAUAACAACAAUAAUAAUACCAACAGUUUAUCAUCUGAUUCAUUCACUAUAAAUUCAUUCGAUAAAUAUUGUCAAUUAUGUUCGAUAAAUGAACCACAUAAGCAACAUAAAUAUGGCUCUAAACCUAUGCAAUCUCAUGUUGCAAUUAUUCCUGCAAGUAAUAGUAAUAAUAGUAAUAGUAGUAGCAGUGGUAGUAUUACUACUACGACCAAGAAUAACGAUAUGUCAAUCUUGCAAGACUUAUGCAAUAUAUCAUCGUUGUAUGAAGUUCCCUUUGCUCAACAUAUGAGUCAUUACCAUAAUCAUAACCAUACUCAUGAUCAGGAAAGAAUAUUUAAUCAACAGCCACAACCAGAACAACUACAAAUACAAAAUGAAACAAAGGACAUAGAUAAUAAGGUUACAGAAUAUGAUAAUCUAUCCAGUAACCAUAGUAGUGCAUCAAACCUUUUAGACCCUGUCAUCAAUUCCAGCUUAUUAAAUAAGACACCAAACACCAAAUCUAACAACAAUCACAAUCAUCAUCAUCAUAAGAUAAAGUUACAUACACAUGCACCGAUGAUCAAUAAUCACACUGUUCUUGAUAAUAAAACAAGACAAACUAUAUUAAACAAUGCAAUUAAUUUCCAUAUUGAUUCCAAGACAGACCCAGUAAAAGAAAAGAAGGAAGCAGAAUAUAGUUUGAACAUGGAUAUGGCUUUCAAUGAGCUAAACACGAUUGAUUUCAAUUGGAAUUAUAAAAGAAAUAGAGAUAAAGAUAUGAAAUGCCUUUGGGAUGACUGUGAUAAUGAAUAUAAAUUUGAUAAUUUGAUAGACUUGCAGAAACAUAUGUUUGUUGAUCAUAUACCUAAUGAUAACGAUUAUUCAUGCCAUUGGCAAGAUUGCUUGUUUCAUGGGAACGAUGUAUGUUCAUUAGUCAAUCAUAUUAAUGAUCAACAUGGUAUAAACUUUGGCAUCAAAGUGAAAGAACCAACACAUCCACCUAUAAAGAUGAUUAAAGAGGAGAAAAAGGAAGGCAGAGUGAUGUCAAAUAAUGUAAACACCACUAAUGGAUAUGUAUGCCAAUGGGAUAAUUGUCAAAUAAAAUUUGAUACCAAAAAAGAGUUAAAUGAACAUCUAGAAAAAGAUCAUAUACCAAGAAGGAAACCCCAAUAUAAAUGUAAUUGGAACCAAUGUAAUAAGAAUUUUAAUCAAAGACAAAAAUUACUAAGGCAUAUAAAAGUCCAUACAGGCUACAAACCAUAUAAAUGUGAUGUAUGUGAUAAAACAUUCGCAAAUCAAGAAACAUUGAUACAACAUAAAAGAAUCCAUUCAGGAGAAAAACCAUAUAAAUGCGAUAUAUGUGGUAAAUGUUUUGGAGGAUCAUCAUCAUUAAAGAUACACAUUAGAACGCACACAGGAGAGAAACCAUUAAAGUGUCAUGUAUGCGGUAAAAGAUUUAAUGAAUCAUCAAAUUUGAAUAAACAUCUAAGGACACAUUCAAAAGAAUUCUGUUGUCAAAAUUGUGGUAAAAGGUUUUCAACAUUAAAAUAUUUAAAACAGCAUGAAUUAUCCGGGAACUGUACAAAAACAAGGGUUUUGAAUAUAUAA